CUAGCCAUUAUGAUGUUCUGCUUUUUGCUGCUUGUGAGUAAAAUGGGAAUGUUAGCAGCUCAGCUCAACAGUACAGACCAGACUGCGACUGUCUCUAAGAAUUUUACAGUGCCGCAGAAUAUCACCGAGACUGCGUGUAGAGGAAGAUGCAACAUCACAUGUUUCCUACCUAAGCAAUCACUUCAGGAAUUUCCAGCAUGCAUACCCAACACUGUUCAGGUGCUAGACCUGGCCUUCAAUAACUUGGCAGUAGUUACAGACCAGGAUGUGGCUGACCUAUUUGAACUGCGAAACUUGUCUUUAGCACACAACCAAAUCAAAGAAAUCCUCUGGGGGAGCAAUGUGCUCGCAAAACUCAUGGUUUUGGAUCUGAGCAAUAAUCAAUUAUCAGUUGUUCCAAAGUGUAAUAUGUUAAAGAACGUCCAAUGGUUGUCCCUAGCAGGAAAUCCAAUAUUGCACAUCCCUUCAUUCGCAUUCACGUGUUUCCCAAACCUGAUGCUCCUCAAUCUAUCUUCUACUCUGAUUGGAAGCAAUUCAUCAGCAGACAUUGAUGAGUCAGCAUUUGCUCUGAAUGCAACAGGAGCAAAGAAGGAUUCUUUACAGUCUCUACACUUGCUUGAUCUAAGUGCUACCUACCUUCAUAGAAUUGACGAGGCAUGGAGUAAGCAGUUACCAAAUCUGAUGGAGCUUCACAUCACGCAGAUGAUUAAUAUGAAAAGUCUGGAAGAUGAGCUUCCGAAAUGGUUUCCACAAUUAAAAGUUCUGAACUGUUCAGGGUCCCGGGAACUCUCUCAUGUCAGAACUGAAAUAUUUGAAAAUGCUUCACAAUCGAUGUUUCUUUCUUUCCGCAACUGCAACCUGACUUCUUUUCCUCCUUGGAACGUGACUGUCAGCUUUAUUUAUGUUGACCUCACUGAAAAUCCACUAUACUGCAAAUGUGAACUUGACUGGCUACUAUCAGACCCUGGAAAAAUAACUCUAUUCAGAGCAAAUGAAACUUACUGCAACUCAUUUAAAGGAGACAUGCCUCCUCUCACCUUAGUGGAGUAUCAUAAUUUCUGCAAGUUGAACCAGAUAAAUACUUCAGAAAAUGCGAUGCCAAAUUUCAGCAUGUCAACACCAACCAACAACAUCACUGAAAUUAUAACGGGAACGCAAAAACAUUCUGUGACAGCCACAGCAAGACCACAGAAGAUGGAACAAAAACCAUCCCUUCCUGAAAGUGUUACUGUUUUUAAAACCACAGCAGCUGAUUCAACGAUUUUAUCCCCUAAACCACAAACGAGUUCCAUUAUUCAAGGAACCACUGCUCUCGAUACUGGAAAUGGCUCAGCUAAUGGCAGUACCACAUCCAUGAAUAGUGUUGGUGGACCUUCAACAGACAGUAUGUACACAACAGCAUCAACAUUGGUCACUGAAGUGUUUACCAGUCUAACAGGCAACACAAAAGGUGGUUCUGGUCAACCCCUUCUAGAAGACAGUACUAACGAGGAACAAGCUGGCAUUCCCCAGAAUUACUCUGAAGAUUAUGAUGAUGAGGAGAGUCCGUCUGAGAGAUCAACAAUCGCUAGCACCAUUUUAGCUUGUGACUAUGAUGGCUGCAGACACCUACAAACACCCUGCAUCGAAGUUCAGCAACUGACAAUGUGCUUAUGCCCUGGCCUUUCGGGAGAGGAUAUGAUUCCAGAUCCACCAUAUUUAAAAAAUAUAUCUGAGAUAACAGACACAUCGGCACAGAUCCACUGGUGUUCACCAAAUUCUGUAGUGGAAAAAUACCAGCUUGUGUACCAAUCUGCUGACCAGAACAAGACUGUUGAUAACAUUUAUGCCGCCAUGAGACAAUACACUCUGUAUAACUUAUCACCAUACACUACCUAUAAAGUAUGCAUGGUCGCCUUUAAUAAGAAAGGGCAAAGUGAGGCAGAAAACAUGGCCUCUAGGACUCCUUGCGCAGAAUUUAAAACCAGACCAAGUUACAUUAUGAUACUUGCUUUACUAUGUAGUUUAGGGGGGUUAUUUCUAGUAAUUAUUACUGUGCUGGCUGGCUGCUUGUAUAAAACAUGUAAAAAUAACAUGGUCAAUCAAUAUGAUACCCAUCUGGUGUCCUACAAGAACCCAGCAUUUGAGUACCAUUUGACAAUUCCAUCAUAUCAUUAAAGAAUAUGGUUCAUGUC